CAUAUCUCGCCUCAAGGCAGUGGCUCAGCAGGAAAAAAACCCAAAGUCAUGGAAACAACACGACUUAAAAUGUUGAAACUUUUGCUUUUAUUGACCUUCACAGAGAUGUGUGCUGCUCAAAACGACAUCACUCUGUCAGUGUUUACGGUCACAUCUAAGAGUAUGACAGUGCAGUGGAGCGGCUACACUGGGGCCAGCUCCUACAAGAUCACAGCAACACCCAGAAGAUCCCCAGAACUACCCGUCUUCGCUCACUUCAGUGGCAACGUCGUGAUGGGCUCAAUCAUCUCCCUGUCACCAAACACAAUGUACACCGUGCAGAUAGAAGCCAUAGACAAUGCUCUCAAUGUCCUGAGCAGUGCCGAGUCAGAGGCUCUAACAGCUCCUGAAGUGCCGAGCAUUGAACAGGCCUACUCCAAACACAGCGACAGCAUCACUGUGGAGUUCACAGAGGUUUCCGGGGCAACCAGCUACAUCCUGAGGGCACAGUCGGAGACCGGUGAUUUCUUCUCUCAGACCGUGGUGAGCGGCUCCCCGGGCACCGUGGUGCAGCUCCAGCCGUACACAGACUACAGGCUGAGUGUCAUGUCCGUCAACUCUGGGGGGCCGAGCCAGUCCUCGUACCCCAUCAAGGCCAGGACAGUGGUAAUGGCGCCCAAGUUGAACACCACCUCUCCGGACAACAGCACCAUCCUUGUGACUUGGACCCCGGUGGAGAACGCCGUCAUCUACAUGCUCUGCAUCAUACGAGAGGGCUCCAGCUCCCGCGUCAAACUGAACACCACUGACACCAUGGUGACUUUUGACGACCUUGAAGCAGGGAUCACCUACUGUAUCAAGGGCACAGCCUGGGACUCUGAGGGUCGAGCUGGAGAAGACCUCACUGUCUGUCAGAUCACACGUCCUCGAAGCCCAGAUGGGGCUUUCGUCCAGGUGAUGCUGGGACGGUCUCCUAGUAUCGUUGUGUACUGGGUGUCAGUGCAGGGAGCUGAAAGCUACUUGGCCUGGACCACUAAUGGCCAAAACUGUACUUCAUUAGCCAAUAGUUACUGUUUUAUCACACCUAUGGAGUGUGGCCAGAACAACUCCGUCUCUGUCACAGCCUAUAACAAUGCUGGUCCCAGCAGCCCCUCGCAACCAACAGACUACAUUACAUAUCCAUGUCCCCCAGAGAACAUCUGGGUGGAGGAGCCCGAAGCAGGCAACUGCACGGUGGUGUGGGAUGAAGUGCCACUGGUGGAGUUCUACAUAGCUUUCAUAAAGAGUGACGACGGUUCUGAGACGUUGUGUAACACCACUCAAACCACCUGCCAAUUGUCCUGCAAGUGUGGCUACACCUACCUCACCACCGUCUUCCCCUACAACCAGGCCGGAUCCAGCCCUUACACACGUGUCCGCAACUACACCACCAUUCCUUGUUGCCCACAGGGUGUUACCAUACAGCUAGUUUCUACAGAGACCCUGGAGAUCAUGUGGACGCCGGUCAAAGGGGCCGAGCUGUACGAGACAACGGCGGCACAGACUAAUGAUGUCAUCCACUGUAACGACACAGCACCGGUGUGUGCGCUGUCAGAUUUGAGGUGCAACACAGGUUAUUCUGUGACCGUCACACCUUGCAGCGAUUUACGAGGGUGCAACCGCACCUGCACACCACACACACAUGAGACAGCUCCUUGCGCUCCAGAAAUCCUGAAUUUGACACAGACCAACAACUCCUCAUACAGAGUCCACUUCACAACCCCAAACACCCCCAACACAAAUUAUACCAUCAAAGUCAUCGGACGUCAUGACACACACACCUGCCAGUCAAGAAACGGCUCCUGUGAGCUCACACUGCUGCCCUGUGGUUCAACAUACGAGGUCAUGGCAGUGGCCACCACAACUGUGGGGAGAAGUCUUCCUGGAUACAGUAAAACUUUGGAAACAGGUCCUUGCUGCCCCAUGUAUGUGAAUGUGACCCAGGUCACCCAGGCUAUGACCAACGUCACCUGGUCACCUGGCAGCGGAGCUCGCUCCUACAUCACCUCCCUUACGUCCUCACGCGGCUAUGCAAAGUGCCACACCCUCGACACCCACUGCCUGAUGGGAUGCAUCACCUGUGGCACCAACUACAGCGUCAACUUGGAAUCAGUCAGCAGCACAGGACACAAGUCAGAGUGCAAAUAUCGUGGAUUCUCAUCCAGUGCCUGUUGUCCGACAAGCAUGAAGCUCUAUCGCACGGCCAACCACUCCCUCAGGGUGUCCUGGCACUCUCUGGGCCCUCAUACGCAGAACCACACUGUAGAGCUGUACGGGACGGGAGCCAACUACACCUGCACCGCAGCUGCCGGCAGCAAGUACUGUGAUAUCCGGGAGAAAACGUGUGGGGACGUCUACAAAGUAGUGGCGGCACCAAUGGGACAGAAUGGGAUCAAAGUCAGCUUCUGUCAACCCAGGAGAUACUCCAUUCCCUGCCCAGGAAGUAAUGCUGGCAUGGUGAUCUCUCGGAGAAGACGAAGUGUGGAAUGAUUUGCGUGAACACUGCCCCACCCUACCCCCACCCCAAUUACCACCAACACCCUAACAUGGACAGAAGACUGUGUUUACACCAGCGACAACUGUAAAAAUCCAAUAUUUCCAGAUGAAAUGUCCCUCUUGUUUAGGAAGAUCACUGUUUUGUUGUUACUGCUGUUAUUGGAAGAAAAGCUGUAUAGACUCUAACAAACCGCUGAAUAAAUAUGAAAAACUCAAGUUUAAACAUUGAAUUAAAACAAUAAAAUAUAUAAAAGAUGGCUUUUAAUUAAAUAACUGUGGCCAUUUAUCCAAUGUAUUUGAAUACAUAUAUAUAUAUAUAUAUAUAUAUAUAUAUUCUCCAUAUUGCUACUUUUUAUAAUAGGCUGCAUGUUAUCUUACCUUCUGCUCCGCCUCGUGUGUAAUUAAUGCAGCUUCCCUUCAUAAUGAGACUUGAUGUAACGUCAACAUAUGAAUAAAAGAAGCAGAAAUUGAAACUUAACAGUGAACUUCCAACAUAAAUGUUUCGGUCAUUCAAAGACUAAAUUAAUUAAAAAAUAAGAAUUUAGGACUUCUCCAAGUAGAGGACCUCCACACGGCGGCCGUGUGACAUGUCUCUGGGCUGUAGAGCAAGUUGGUGACCCAGAAGAGGGUCGGUAAAAGGCGGGACAGCUGGUAUGAUCUCAUUAGCCUGGAGUCAUGCACGCCAUGUCCUGUGGAUGAUACGUCUGAUCAGAUUGCUGGAGAUAGAUUCAGUGUUCACCUCUGCUUUCAUUGGAUUUGUUUUCUCUCCUUUGACAGACGACAACAAUAAAGCACAUU